AAAAAAAAACUACAGUUCUAUCCGUCCGUCAGCUCACACUGGUAGAAAAAUAUGAUCCCGGGAAGAGCCGCUCCUGCGCUUCAAGACUUAAGACAAAAAUUUCACUGCGACUAAUUUCAGUUGAAAUCACAGACCAUCGCUGAGUCUGGUCCUUGUUGAACUAUUCUCUUCUCCAUUCUCCUCUGAUUUUUUUUUUCCCCCUGCGCUGGAUCUUUCGUGCCAGAAAAUGUGUGUGGAGAGCGAUGGAUGCGAGAUUGAAGGCUGCAGCAGUUCGGAUGAGGUGCGCACGCUGUCGGGCAGCAUGAGCCCCGGACUGAAAUCCAACCCGGAUCUUCACCCGUGCAAACCCGGCCAGAAAUUCCGCGCCGCGCUGCUCAGAUGCCGCUCACCGGCUGCUGCCGCCGGGAUCCUCAGUUUUGGGAACGUCCUGAAUUACAUGGAUAGAUACACUGUAGUCGGUGUUGUGCUCGACAUCCAGCGGAAUUACGAGGUAUCAGACAGUGGAAUCGGCUUGUUGCAAACAGUCUUCAUCUGCAGCUUCAUGGUGGCAGCUCCCAUCUUCGGUUACCUGGGCGACCGCUUCAACAGAAAGGUCAUCCUGAGCUGUGGCAUUUUCUUCUGGUCUAUUGUUACUCUGUCGAGCUCCUUCAUCAGUAAAGAGUACUACUGGCUGUUUGUGCUCUCCAGGGGACUGGUGGGCAUCGGUGAGUCCAGCUACUCCUCCAUCUCUCCCACCAUCAUAGGAGACCUGUUCACUAAUAACAGCCGCACCAUGAUGCUGUCUGUCUUCUACCUGGCCAUCCCCCUGGGCAGUGGGCUGGGUUACAUCCUGGGCUCGAGUGCCAAGGUGGCUGCAGGAGACUGGCACUGGGCACUGAGGGUGUCCCCAGUUUUAGGGAUCACUGCAGGGGCUCUGAUCCUGCUCUUCGUACCUGAGCCAAAGAGAGGCAGCGCUGACCAGAUGGGAGGACGCAUCAAGACCCGCACCUCCUGGUUCUGUGACAUGAAGGCACUCGCCAAGAAUCGGAGCUAUGUGUUUUCAUCCCUGGCGUCAGCGGCGGUGUCCUUCGCCACAGGUGCGUUUGGUAUGUGGAUCCCUCUGUACCUGGCUCGAGCCCAGGUGGUGCAGAAGACGAUAGAGCCCUGUACAAAAGAGAUCUGCAGUAGCACAAACAGUCUAAUCUUCGGGGCGAUCACCUGUGUGACAGGGCUGUUAGGCGUGGUCAUCGGGGCGGCCACCACGCGCCUGUGUCGCCAGAAGACGGAGCGAGCCGACCCUCUCGUAUGUGCCGUCAGCAUGCUGGGCUCAGCCAUCUUCAUCUGCCUCAUCUUUGUGGUGGCCAAGAAGAGCAUCGUAGGAGCUUACGUUUGCAUCUUUAUAGGAGAGACGCUGCUUUUCCUGAACUGGGCAAUAACAGCAGACAUUUUAAUGUUUGUCGUUAUUCCCACGCGGAGGGCAACAGCAGUCGCCUUUCAGAGCUUCACCUCGCAUCUCCUGGGUGACGCGGGAAGUCCGUACCUGAUAGGCCUGAUCUCCGACGCCCUCCAGGAGAGCUAUGCAACGUCAGCGCUGUGGCAGUUCCUCAGUUUGGGCUAUGCCCUCAUGCUCUGUCCCUUUAUCAUCGUCCUGGGGGGCAUGUUUUUCCUGGCCACUGCAUUGUUUUUCCUGGAUGACAGAGAGAAGGCUGAGAAACAGUUGAACCAGCUGACGCGACCACCCUCCUCAGUCAAGGUAUGACCAGGUGACAACCUAAUGAGGAGUCAUGAAGGAGCAACCAAACUCAACAAGGAUGAGAAAAUGAAGAUAAAAAGUGAGGGCAGCUGAUCCACCUCUUUAAAACUACACCCAUGCCAUCCUCCCUAUUCUCACCGCCAUGAUCAUCACCCUCCUCCUUCUCCUCCUGACUGCUGCUGCUCUUCAUUUUUACCUGCUCAUGGAGGCUGCUUAGAACUGGAACCAGGGAGCGUCUUGCCCCUUCCUGAACUGCCUCUAAAUCACAGGCUGGUGAGAACACCCACAGCGAUGUGCUGAAGUCACCCAACCGACAGCUGGUGUCCUCCUCACCUCUGUCUGUGAGGAUCCACUGAACCUUCCAGGAAGGAGGUGGGGUGGCAAAAUCCCCCGUGAUCCCCUCCGACUCCUGAUGCCAUACUACUGAAUGCUGAUCAUGAACCUGCCCUGUCUGUCUGCCUGUCUGUCCAACAGUCUGUCUCUGUCUGUCCUUUACAUUGGCUGUCAAUCUGCACCAAGUGCCAUGGUGUCAUUACAUUCCUUCAGAUUUUGCACUGACCACCAACAACCCUCAUGACUUCAUCGCUGCCUAUGAUUACAUGCACACUAUAAUUCAGCUUUUGGCUAUGAAAUUAGUUUAAUUAAACUGUUUAUAUGGAUCAUCUGCAGUCACAAAGCUCCACGGGUGUCUAUGUUGCUCCCAUGCAAAUUUUCCUGUCAACACUUGGAAGAUGACACUGACAGUAGCUGUAAACUUUGGGUUAUGUGGAGCAACUUGUUAAAAUGUGCUUCAGGAGUAUAAUUCUCAGUGUUGUUUAUCUGUUCAAACAAGCAUCCAAUAAUGUGACUAAUUUCGGACUACUCUGCACAUCUUUAUCGCAGUAUUAACAACAUGAACUUCAAACAUUAAUACAGUGUUUACAUGAUGAAUGCAGUAUUCUCAUAAUCGAUCAAAAUUCUGCUGUGCAUGUAAACAUAGCCGCCAACCAAGAGCCAAAAAGUGUUACUGUCUAACGGUCAGUGAAUCAGCCUUAAAAAUUGGAGCGUUCACAUCAACAGCUGUUUCCUUUCAUCCCCACAAACAUGUUUUAAUUUUAAGCUCUUAGCACUUAAAUCAGAGUAGACAGUGCCAGAGAACAUGACAGAUGAGAGAUUUCUGCACAUUACUUUUCACAAGGUUACUUGUGAUUUUAUUUUAAUUUCUUUCUGUUUUUCUGUGUGAUGUUGGAUUUGAAACUGGAGGUUACUGUCUAUGAUUGUUUCAGAGGGAUGAUGAAACAAUCAGGGCUUUUAAAAGUGGACACUGGAUUAUAUAUUCUAUCAUUUAUAAUGUAAAUGCUUUUCCCAAAAGUAAAUGAAAUGCUACUCUUUUGGCUUUUAAGGAGGAACACCUGUGUUUUUGUGUACAUAAGAAGCAAUACAAUUUUUUUUUUUUUUCGUGCAAACCAACCAUUCGUUAUCCACACUGCCUUAUCAGCGAGCUGGGUGUCCCUUUAAUGGGGUGGCUCUCUGAUUGUAGGUUUUGAAUUUCUGGACACACACACCCACACAGAGAUGGAGUCACUCUUAAUGAUGGAUUCCAGUCCAGUCCAUGCUGGUUACAAUAACAGGCAUUGUGAAAAGAGACCUUUCCCCCUCGCAAUUGUAGAUAUCCCAUUCCACGAUUAGAAGAAAGAACCUUUGUAAAGAGCUGCAGUCACACUCAUCAGUUUAUGAGUGAGGGAAAUCAAAAUCCCAGACAGGAACAGGAAAUCCCUCAGCCCCAGGUUUCGACUGAUGGCAGCCUCUUAUCAUUGAUAAAGGAUAAGCAAGGAAUCCCCUUUUGAAAGCAGACCAGCAUGUCUUCAGAUGUCCCUUUCAAUACCUGCACCAGAAAUUGACAUAGAGGUUUCCACAGGAAAUAGAAGUGCACGAUAGACAGAGAAUCUGGAUUUGAUUUUAUCACUCUAUGCAUUAAUUACGGUGUCUUACAUGUAAUUAUGCAAAUUCUGAGAGGAUGACUACAGCUAGUUUCUUGUAUGUACAAAGUUUUAGGUAAAAGCUUCAUUAGAAACUACCUUGAAGGAUCUUUUUUGUUGUAUAUUACCUGGUGGAUACAGUUUUACUGAAACCUUGAAGCCACCAACAUUGUCAAAGUUUUUGAAACUUGUGCAUAAAGAGGAAAAAAAAGCACUUUGCAGGCCUCCAAGAAAACAUUGGUUUGACCUUAGCAUAGGAAUAAAGGGAGACAUUCAGGUGGUUCUUGUAGCAUUGAUGUGCGAGCGUGACUCACUGGCUGUGUGUGGGGUGCUGUGUGGGCUGUGUGUCCUUGUUGCCAGAUCAUUAGCUUUAGCUUCUCUCCAACUGCGUGGAGCUCUCUGAAUGUGAUUCUGUCCAACCUGACGUGUUUACACACCUACAUCUUAAUGAAUUAAGCUUCUUACCUUACUUUUAUCCGUUUUCUUUUGUUUUGGUUUUUUAUUUUGUUUGUUUUUUUUAAUGUUACCAAAUGAGUUUUUCUAAUAACUACAAUAGAGAGAUAUAUAUAUAGCUAUAUCACGCAGCAACUUUAAUAUAUUGUAAAUGAUGGCUUGGAUGCAAUGUAUUUAUUUGUUGUAUCAUAAUGAAGAAUAAUCUAUAAAGGGAAGUUUAAGGUUUGAGUAUACUACACUUUGUUGUAUGUCGGGUUUAUAAAUGCCUGUUUAUUCAUCUGUUUGUAUCACAGUGAAACGACACAAUACCUUUCUGCAUCACUAAGACUCAUCUUGUUUACUGUGAUCAUGAAUUGGACAUCUUACCCAUAUUUCUCACAUACAUAACUGCAAUGUGAUGAUUUUUUUU